UGAAAAUGCAAUAAACUCAACGUGGGCAAAGCAGCCAUUGACUAAAAAAUCCAUGGCUUAACGUAAAACCUUGUGUUCCUCGUUGAUCUCCUCUUUUCCCUUUCUGCUUCUGCAGCUAUGGCGUCUACAAUAACACGCAGAUUUACAACCAAACUUCUUAGAAAUCCUUCUUCUUUUUCUUCUCCACUUCCAUUUCUUAGGGAUCCCCAAAUAAACCCAAAACUUUCAACCUUCUCCGAUUCCUAUAUCAGAUCAACUCCUUUUGUCCAGAGUCAAAGUCAGCUACCAUUUCGUGGGACAAUUCAAUACUCUAUUAAACCCAAUAUAUCACUUUCCCAAAAUCAAAUUAAUUAUAAAAACCCCAAAUUUCAUGCUCAGGGAUUUCUACCGAGAUACUUUUCAUCUAGUGAUGGUGGAAACCCUAAAAACCCAAGUGAGUAUCCAAGUCAAACCCCUGAAUUUAAGCACCAGGAGAUCACAGGCCCAACUGUUGAGCGUGAUGUUACUCCACUUGGAAAUGAGACCCGUGAAGUGCUUGAUAAAAUGCUUAAAACAAUGUACAGUUUGAGCAAAGGAUUUGCUGUACUUGGGCUUGUACAGCUUGGUUUAGGAGCUUGGAUCACUUACAGGACUCAAUCCUCUCCAAUUCCGGAGAUCUCAAUACAGAGUUUCUUGGCUUUUGGGUUACCAUUUUCUCUUGCAUUCAUGUUGAGGCGAGCACUGAAGCCCAUUUACUUUUUCAGGAAAAUGGAAGAACAAGGUAGGCUGCAGAUUUUAACUCUUACUCUCCAGGCUGCUAAGCAGUUGAACUUGUUUUUUGUUCGCGUUCAGGGUGUUACUUACUCAUGUAUUGCUGUUACUUCCCUUGGAUUGAUCCUUGUUGUAUUCUCUAGAUUCAGCAAUUAAUUUUCCGUUAGUAUUAUUACAUGAUCAAUAGGGAAGCUGAAUAAGAGUUGGCAAUUUUGAAUGUUCUGCUCUUUCGAUUUGGAAAUGAAGCUUUUGUUGCUUGAGAAGUUUUUGGUUGCCCCGUGAUUUAA